AUGUUCGUGUACGUGACGAACACGUCCACUACCUUCACUUCAGCUGACGAGUGCAACUACUGGCCUGGGGAAUGCUGCGGGUGUGACUAUUGCUACAAAAAACAAUACUGCAAACAACCCUUGACGGGGAGAUACGUGUGGUUUUGGUCAUACGUGGGUGGAGACAACAACAAUCUGUUUGAAAUCAACGAGUUAUCUAUUGAAGGCGGUUGCACGGGGUGUCCCUUGCACUCCACCUCAAUAUCAAGAUUGGGGUCGCUGUCGCUCUUUUCAUCCUCGGCUGCGCUGCUCCGCCUUCCCACCUACCUUGCCCUUGUGGCGGUGGUGGCUCUGCAGCUGCAGCGGGGGAAAAAACACGAGUCGUUCGAGCAAGCCAAGGCGCAACUGGAGAUCGAGGUUGUUUGCAUCGCCUCCACCUCGGUGGUGGCCCUCCCACUCCUCGCGCUGAGCCCCUUUGUCGUUCUUCCCCUGAUCGCACUGCUAUUGCGGGGUGUGGCUUUCCUGACGGUAUAUAAGAAUUGCACAUGCGACGUGGGGUACGUCGGGAUCAAUAACACAAACUUCACGAAUCAAGACUUUGGAAGGUGUCUGGACAUUUGUCCUGCAAACUCUACCAGAAGAAACGGCACAGAUGGCUGCAAGUGCUUCGAGGGUCAUAUCAGCAAAAGAGCUCUGACACUAACCAACUAUGCCGGUGGGCCGUGUGUUCAGCAGUCGUGCCAGGCUAUAUGCGGUAACUGCCAAAACAAUCAAAGCACUGGAGGAUGCAAUUGCCUAGCUGGGUAUGGCUACAAUGAAAACAACGGCACGUGCGACUUGUGCCCACUGGGCUACCACUCUAUCAAUGUCGCUAAUUCAGAUCAAGUCUCAGACAAGGGAUGUGUAUCAUGCCCAGUGACGACAUACGGCACCCCUGUCAGCGCGGUCGAAAACACUUGCACCGACUGCCCAUCCGAUUCCUUCGCCGCACCCGGUUCCGUUUCAUGCACCAAAUGCUCGUCCGUGUGCGUCAACUGUUCCAGGCUGCCCAGUAGCCAUCCCCUCACCGGGAAUUUCACUACCGAUUGCAACUGCUCAACAUACUUUGCAUAUUUUGCAUCUUCGUCGUCUUGCCAACGGUGCGCUGCAGGCUGGGAAGCAUACUAUACACAAAAGACAGGAACCAUUACAGGAAGCGCUUAUUGCACAAAAUGCCCUGACGGCACGAUCUCUAAACUUCCCGGAUCCUCGUUUGAUAAAUGCUUGCCUUGUGAUUCCAAUAGCUACUGCGCUUCUGGCCUUGAAACCGCCUGCCCAGAAUACUCCUCCUCACCCGCAGGAUCGGCAAAUUUGUUUAAUUGCAGCUGCAUACAAGGCUACUACAGAAGAGAUCCUUUGCUUUGCGCAAUCUGUCCAAAGGGCUUGCAUUGCCCGGACACAUGCUCGGUUGUUUGA